UUUUCCCACUCAACAAAAAAAAUAAGUUUCUUUUAUUUCUAUUCUCUUGUUCACUGCUUCGUCCAUUUCUGUGAAAAACGUUUCUGCAUUCUUCAUCUUCUAGCUCUAACCAAUCCGUGAACCCCUUAAAACCCUAGAUCGGCCGAAGCCACCACCGUUUCUCGAUUUUCGGUGGUGGAACUUCCCGUGCUGAAAAUCAAAUAUCUGUGAUUAUUUAUUUUUGAAUUUUUUCCUGGGAAAAUUGUUCCGAUUUCAGUUGCAGUUCUAGGGUUUCCUUGUUUGUGAAUUGGGGUCGGAAAUGGGAAGCAGGAAGGAAGAAGAGAAGAAUGAGAAAAUUAUAAGGGGUCUCAUGAAGCUUCCGCCAAAUCGAAGAUGUAUCAACUGUGAUAAUUUGGGACCACAAUAUGUAUGCACAAAUUUUUGGACCUUCAUUUGCACGACAUGCAGUGGAAUACAUCGUGAGUUUACACAUCGUGUGAAGUCUGUAUCGAUGGCAAAGUUCACUUCACAAGAAGUUGAUGCUCUUCAAAAUGGGGGUAACCAGCGCGCAAGGGAAAUAUAUUUGAUUAAUUGGGACUUCCAAAGACAGCGGUUGCCAAAUAGCAGUAACAUUGAUAAGAUAAGGGAGUUUAUCAGGAAUGUAUACGUUGAUAGAAGAUAUGCUGGAGCAAAGUCUACUGAUAAGCCUCCAAGAGAUGCGCAGAGCCCUGGAAUUCAUGAAGAUGAGAUUAGGCGUGCCAGCUCUUAUCAUUCAUAUUCUCAAAGUCCUCCGUAUGAUCAUCAAUAUGAGGAUCGGCGUUAUGGGAAACAAGCAGCUUCCCUAACCAGGAAGCCUGGUUCAGAUAAAGUUCGUUAUGAAGGAAAGAUGUCUGGCAUUAUCUAUAGUCCUGGCCGCUUUAGUGAUCAUGCUCCUGCAUAUGACAGAUUUGCAAAUGAGGGAUCUGGUCCCAGAAUUUCUGACUUUUCUGUGGGUGAGCAAAUGAAAUCAGAUGUUCAGUCUCCUAAGUUUCAUAAGGACAUUGCGUUUAGCCGUCCAUCCUAUCCACGCUCUGGUUCCAGCUCAAGUGAAGAUGUAUGGUCGCAAGCAAGAAAUACAACUCUGGAAACUAAUGCCAGUGUCAAGAGAGAUGCAGAUGGAAUUCAACGUCCACAGAGAACUACAUCACUGCAACCAACAGACAGCAACUUUUCAUCCUUAAGAUCUUACAGUUCUGGUGGUAUAGUUGAUUUUUUUUCAGAACCUGUCCAAUCUUCAGCAUCCCUUCAAGAUAAAGCGUUGGGUAUUCCACGGCCAUCUGGUCCUACAAGAUCUGUUAGCUUGGAUCUUUCCAAGGCACCUCCGGCAUCAGCUUCACCUGUUGAUCUUUUUCAGCUACCAGCAGCACCAUCUCAAGCUCCACUGGAGCAUUUGUUUCAAUUAUCUGAUAUGUCAGAAGCUCCAUCUUUUAAUGGGAAUCAACCUACACAAACAUCCCAACUCACAUCGAUUGACUUAUUUGUGGAUCUUCCUCAUCAGCCACAUACUGCAACCUCAGAUGAAAAAUCACUGGAGUUACCUGUCCCUAAAAAUGAAGGGUGGGCAACAUUUGAUAUGCCUCAGUGCACAUCAUCUACUGCACAAAUGGAAAUUCCAGCUGCUGUACCUCCAAGUGCACCUUUGCAGGAUAGAUUUGAUCCAUUUUCAACCUUACAUGCGAAUAUGCAAUGGCCAUCUUUUGAAAUUCCUAGUGUCAGUGCACCUUCUUCUGUUAAUUCUAAUAUAUGGCACGAUGGUUUUGGGCAAGGAGAACAAGUUUCUGUUAUGGCAACAAACACUCAACCAUGGAAUGCAUUUGAAGAUUCUGGUACCCAUCUUCAUGUGGAUUCAGUUAGUCAAGAAUUAAAAUUGCACAAUUUCCCUUCUGCUGAUAAUCAAAUUUUGGGUUUAAGGGCUUCUGAGGUUGGUAACCAGGUACCAAAUAACGAUGGAAUGCAAGGAAUUGCUCCUAUUGAUGGAUUAGAUAAUCAUGUCAUCCCAUCACAUAGCGAUAAUCUAGGUAUCAAUCGUAAAUCAACUAAUCCAUUUGACUAUCCCUUUGAUUCUGAUGCAGAUCACAACAAUAUGUUCCUUGAUAUGAGCUCUUUGCAAGCUGCUCUGCCAGAUACUCUGUUGCCUGCCACCUUUCAUGGUGGUAUAGCUGAACCUUGGCUCCCUCAAAAUACAGUGGCCCCAUAUAUUUCCACUGCCGGAGAAGGUGGUUUGUCAUUCAUGGCUGUGCAAACACCAAGUUCGCAAUUACAGAACAUCCAGACACAGGAACCAAUUGCUUCGAUUGGGGGAAAUCCUUUUGCAUAGGAAUAUGCUGUAAUGUACUAUUGUUUUCAAGUAGAAUUUUGUGAAGCCAGUGUAGAAGGCCUUGCAAUUCAUAGUCCCUUCUAUAUUCAGGCCAUGGAUCUUUAAUUUUGUAAUUGGUCGACAUUAAAGCUAGUAUUCUUGAUUCUUGACGUUUACUAAGUGUUCUGCCAUGUAUUGAACUUAAGCCAUUGGGGUUUAGUUUGAAAGACCAAGGGUAUUUCAUUUUGUUCAUAAUUGUAAUUGUAAUUAUAAUAUAGCAUCUGAUGUUUCUUA